AUGAAGAUUAUUGUCAUCUCAACAUUGGUUGUCCUCAUUAAAUCAGCUCCGAAAUGUCAAAGGACGCAACUGUUUUCGUUCGGUGCUAGGUUUAAGUCGACAAGGCUGAUAGAACCACCAUGGGACGAACAUAUCGCAGUCUUGAGGAGGCUCGGAUCCCCGUUCGAGAGAGAAACUUUCGCGCACGUCAUGAGAUCACAGGAAUUCAAACUGUUAAUAGAAGGAUAUAUGCUUACGAAUCUUCAACAUAAGAUGGUGUCAUUUUAUCAUUUAAUGGGAAAAUCGAAAAACAAGGUGGCACACUUUUUCUACAAAAGAUGGCCGAAGGAGCGCAUAGUAUCAAGAAUGAUGGUGGUUCAUGGGCUGCACGUAAUUCUAGCGGCGAACUACCGUCCGAAAUGCCAAUCAAGAACAAGAAAAAGUAUCAAUGAAGAGGAGACGACGCUCAAGGAUUUGAACGAAGCAGAUGAGGAAACAGGAUUGCAAAUAAACCGAAAGAAGAAACAGUUCAUGAAGAACGUCUUCUUCGAGGAGGAGUGCAACUUGAAGGCCCCAGAUCGUGGAAACUUCGUCGUACGUCUACCUUGA